ACAUGUGUGGGUUUUUCUAGUUGGAAGAGGAGAGGAGAGACACAGAUAUCCGUGGGUGAAAUCGCAGCGACAUAUGAAAUCUGUGACCAUGAGGUCUUCAAUAUCAGUUGAAGAGAUGGCUUCUGACUGGUGCAAGAUGACAUCAGAGCGUUAUUUGCAACACUGUCACCUCACUUUUAUAAAUGUAUUUAAUGAGCUUCUCUUCAGUCAGCAACAUGAGCCAACAAGAUACCUCAAGUGGGCCCAGGAAGGACUGCUGCUCAGUAAAAAAGUGAACUGCAAAGAUGAAUCUGUGGAUUUAACUGCGAUCCAGACCAUGGAAAUCUUGUGGACACUUUAUGGAGAAAUGAAAAAGAAGUGUAAUCAUAGUGGUUUUGUUGCUGCCCUCCUGAAGACCUUUGAGCAAGUGAAGGAUGACGCUGACCUGAAGGAGAUUAUCUGCUCUACCAAGCCUUUAAUAAAUCAAAUUCCUAUUGACAGCAUAGCCCCUCACUGGACAGAACUUCAGAGGAACACAGCCCUCACAAUACUGAUGGCACACUUUGCAGAUCAUAUAAAGAAAUUCGCUGCCGAGGGUGACUCUGUGCUCACUGACUUUGAAAGAAAUUGUGAAUCAAAUAACCAAAAGAUUGAGCAUCUCCAGAGGAAAGGCGAAGAUGAAGUGAAUCUUAGCGAAUUUAGAGCAGCUAUUGCCACAUACAGCCAGGCACUUGAAACAAGCCCUUAUAAUCAUCACUUGUACUGUCGGAGAGCCUGUUGUUACCUGCAGCUGAAUGAUCACAGAAUGGCGAUACUGGACAGUAUUAGAGCAACAGUACUAAAGCCAGAUUAUUUUAAGGGUCAUUACUUCUGUGCUAAAUGUUUGCUGUUGGCUGGUUACCCACGAUAUGCUAUGGUGGUAAACAGGAGGGGCACGGACCUUUGUCAGGCUGGAGGUGGCGAUACCAUAGUACUGCAGGAACAAAGAAACGAAAUUCAAGUAGAAUUGAAAAACAAAGGUAACUGUGAAACUACAAAUGGGCAGAACAGUUCAAGUAAAAAGGGGACCAUCUUGAGUGACCAGGGCAGCCCCAUCACAGAGCUGGUGUCGGAUUCCGACGACAGCCACGAUUAUAUCGAAUCUCUGGAAGGAGAGGAGGCGACCCGAGUGUUUAAAGGAGAACAAUUCCAGGCAGUCUGGGAAAACCUGAUUGAUGACUUAACGGAAAAAAAUAUCAAAACUUUUGAUGAACUUCUUGAAAAGGAGUCUGAAAGAAGCAUUCCAAGCAGGAGGCCAGCUCCCAAAGCUGAAAAGAUGCACCCGGGUGAAGAGCCUCCUCCAGAUCCUAAUGGCCACUCACAUGUAGAGAAAGAUGGAUCGAAGAGGAUGUCUCCCACAGAAGCUAAACCUACAGAUAAGAUUGUAUUUGACCCUUCAAAGUGUCGCCUGUGGAGGGCAGUGUACGCGGAGCAGGAGCUGAUCACCCAGGGCAUUGAGGAUGUCUCAUUCUUGCUGUACCGCUUGAAAUUAAAGAGGUUUCUCUCUGAGAAUGACCAGGAAGAGGUGGAGAAGCAGAGCAACGCCCCCUCAAAGCUCGACACCCUCCUUCGGGUUGUCCUAAAGAAGAACUCGAACCUGGAGAUUCGCAAGUUCACCUCCGUCCUGGUCGCAAUUGAUGGUCUCAAACCAGAGCUCUCCAAAUGGGUCCAAAAUCUGGAGGAAAUGGGGAACAGCUGUGCUGACAGUUUCCUGUACCUGUACUUGGAAGUCUUGGCGGAGCCGUUGAGUGGCCUCCCUUUAAGAGAUCUUAUUUACAGUCUGCAGACUCGAAAUAUUCUGACUGAUGUGGAGAAUGAUCUGUUAAUGAAGACUGCACCCAUGCAUAGGGGUCAGCGGCUGUUGGAGGUCAUAGUCUACAUGAAGUCGGCGGCGGAGAAAGCUGAGUUUGUCUUCCUUUUAGAAGAAGAGCGAGGAUCUUUCCCGAUACUGAAAAAAUAUUUGGAUGAGUUCCAGCAGGAAUUUGAAAAGCUGCGCGACGGCUACAUACCUCGUUUUAAAAGGUACAUGCCGAUUAAGAGGCACCGAAGACGCGAGGACCUGCCAGCUGAUGAGCGGAACUCAUACUGUAACUUCUUCCGCCUGAUGUACCUGGUCAUCCUGGAGGGGACGCGGGCGGCACAGAAGGUUUUCGCCGAGCGGGUGCCGGUCAGCGAGCUGCAGGCGGAAAUGAUGAAACUGAAGAAGCCGGAGCUGCACCGUCACUUCCGGGAGUUCCAGACCAACUUCCUGUCCCACUCGGACUGGGCCUUGCUGUACCCGCCCAAGUCGUCGCUGCUGGAGUUUCAGAAGUACGACGUCACGCUCAUCGUCUUUCUGAUGAUGCACAUCAAAUCUUUCCCGCAGCCGCGGAAAGGCUGGAAGGUGGAGCCCGCACCCGACGACACCUCCAAGUCCGGCAGCCUGCUGCGCCUCCUGUACCUACGGAGACGGCUCGUCACCCGAGACGGCUACAUGGGGGUGCCCGAGGCGGAGUUCCUGUCCAUGUGGAACGAGGCCAAACAGUCGCUGUGCCGGCUCGGCAAAGACCGCGAGGAGAUCGAGGACAUUAUGUUCACUCCCGGCUACUUACUGUGGAGGGACCACGAGCAGAUAGCGGAACUCAUGGGCAGGCAGUGCUCCGACAUGAUUGGGCAGUACAUGGCCGCCAUGAGAAACCACUUGCAAAUGGGGGCUAAACCCACGGAGGUUGUGAAAACGGGCGAGAGAAAGACAGAGUCUCUGCCAGCUGCGAAGGAAAAUCUCAAGCAGCUGAAUGACAUGUCCACCCACAACAAGAAGAACCAACAGGAAACGGCCAAGGAACCGGGCACUGGGCGAGAUCUUCCGAGUGGACCUGAGCAAGAUAUGACCGAAGAAGAAGUCUCAACCUCAUCAAAAGUGGAGGGAAGUUCAAGGCCAUCGGAGUCACACUGUUCGAACGACCCCCAGAAAGUCAGCCGGAGGAAAAAGAAGAAGAAAACCAAAGGGAGGAAGAAGCCCAUCCAUCACGUUGAAAACAUCAGUGAGAAGGACGUGGAGAGCACUGCGGAUGAGGACAGGGAGGAGGACAUUUCCCACAUAUCGCAGCAGGAAAUCCGGGAGAAGAAUGAGUUUGCAGAGUUGGAGGCCGCAGUGCGAAGGUGGAAGCUGCUGUGUGAAGAGAAGACUGCACAGUAUGAGCAGCUGGUGAAACGGCAGGCAAAGACACAAGACAGUUACAAGCAUCAAACAGCAGAGCUUCAGAGGCUGAAACAGGAAAUGGAGAACGAGCAGAAAAUGCAACAAAACGAUAAGAAAGCUCUUCAGAACCAAAUAAAAAGUCUUCAAGAUGCACUCCAGAGCAAAGAGGAAAUGAUCAAGAAGUCUGAGAAACAGAUACAGGCACAACAGCAAGAGCUGGAAAACCAGAAGGACCAUUUCCAACGAGAACAAGAACAGUGGGCACAGGAAAGGAUUCGGUUGGAGAGGCAGUCGGCAAAAAGCAAAGAUGAAUUUAUCGAGGCCAUGAGAAGAGCAAUGGCUGCGGAGGUUCAGGUGCUGGAGGGCAGGCGAGAUAAAGGGAUUGUUUUUCUUGAGCAAGCGGCAAAAGAAGGAGAGGUUAAACUGUCCAGCUUGAGGCAGAAGCUGAUGAGCACUCCCACGGUUCAGAUUGACGUCAAGGCUGCGAUGCUGGCAUAUGAGCUGGUGCUUGCUGACAUCAAGUCAAAAAUACACCAAACAGUGAGUACCUUCAACGAACAGAUUGACAUGAUUCGGAAUGGAGCAAAGUUGUGUAACAUGCCACAGGUUCCUGUCCUCUUGCCCCCAUCCCAGUCUGACUUCAUGCAUAUCUACAUGGCAAAGCAAAAAGAGCUCUUGGCUUCCAGUGGAUUUCCCACAAAUAACACUAGCCAGGGAACAUCCUCGACACUACCAGCAUUUCCCCCAGGAUUGGCUCCGUUGAAUAAUCAGCUAGGAAUAGCGCAGCGCUCAAUGUCCCCUGGGUUAUCGGUGCAAAUGUCAUCUGGGUUACCACACCAAACACCUAUUGGUCCAGGCAAUCCCAGCCAAACAGGUGGAUCAACUCAAAAUCACUUGGAGCGACUUCUGGAGCGAUUGACUGAGCUGUUCCCAAAACAUAACAGGGAAACGAUGAUCAUCUUACUACGGCAAGUCCGUGCUCUGAACAAUAACUCAUUGUCUGGACUGUCCUUUGAACAGAUCAUCAGUCAAGUAUCAGUCCUUAUCAAAAACCAUCAGCCACUACUUGCCAGCAGUAAUCUGGAUUUUUCGAGCCUACCAGCUGAUCCAAUGUUACCUUCGGCAACGUGGAGAAACAUUACACCAGAUUCCUUGACCAAUCAGCCUGGAUACUCCGCGGGUUUGUCCCAUCAAAGUGGAGUCAAUCCUGAGGCAGCCCUUCAGGAUGAAGAUCCCUGUGUGAUUUGCCAGGAGGAACUCACCACCAGUCGUCUCUUUGUAAUGAAAUGUGGACACAAAUACCACAGAGAGUGUAUCUCCCUGUGGCUGAAGGAACAGAAGACCUGCCCAAGUUGCACACUUAGCUUUGCAACCUCGUUCUCACAAUCCUAACCUCAUGACUGGAAUCUGUAACUGUCGUCUGUUGGCUGACCCACCGGAAAUGCCAUCACUGGGCUUUUGCUCAGGAACCCUGUGACAGGAGUAAAGGCUGUUGUGGUGCAGUUACAGGAGUGUGUACGAUACAUUUCUGUUAGGACAAUGGCUUUGGGUUCAAGAAGUAAAUGUGGAAUCCUGUCACAUGGAUUUCAAACUAUUACAUUGAUGAGUUCCUAUCAAAGUUAGUGAUACUAUAUUGAAUGAUUAUUUUGUGAACCAUAUACCAAUUCCUUGGCUGUGCUACUGAGGCACAUUUUACAAGUAUGGGAGGGAAUGUAAUAAUUUACAGUUUAAAAGAAAUAAAAGAUUAUCUAAACA